UGGAGUAUUUUGUAAUAUGUUGGAGAACGGUAUGAUGAAUUCAUUGUUCAGGUUCUUGCUUUCCGCGGUGCUUGUGUAUCAGGUGGUUUCUUCUGAUUCAGGGUGUACGGGGUCAGAAUGUGGGAAAGUCGGAGUGUCUGGAAAACCAAAUCAACACUCGGAGUUCUUGAACAAGUUUAACGAAAUGAACACGGAAACGGCGCAACGACAUAGCAACGCAGAGGCCGUGUUACCUUUCAUUGGACUAACCGGAGUUGCUACACAAAGCCGUACCUGCUGUAAGAACGGAGGAACGUGCAUUUUAGGAAGCUUUUGUGCAUGUCCGAAAUAUUUCACUGGUCGGAGUUGUGAAUAUGAUGAACGUCUCAGGGACUGUGGUGUCAUUCCACACGGAGAGUGGGUACAGAAAGGUUGUUCGUAUUGUAGAUGUGGAUAUGGACUUCUGCAUUGCUUCCCGCAUGUUUUCAGCAACAACUGUGACGACUCUCAAGAAGUUCGAUGGUAUCGUUCAAACGGCGUCAGAAUGUGGUCAUCUGCGUUUGUCAUGUUUGUGGCCUUGAUUUUAACCUUUCUACUGUAAAACAGAGACCAACUAUGAACUUUGAGAUUUUUUGUUGCAAUUUUCUUUUUCAACGUUAAGGGCAGCAUUUAUUGGUGGCACUGAAAUGCAAUUUGCUUC